UCCACUUUUAUUUUCUAUUUUUUCCAUCCACUAUUAUAUUGCAUAGCGCGUCUUGUUUGUUUGCAAAGUUGGCCUCCAAAUUUUUUUCCCACCCUUUCAAAACCACAGCUGUCUACUAGCACCCUGCAAAGCAUCUACAUCUUCUCCUCUUCUCGCAAACCUGUUUUAACUAUUACGCGCAAUGGACAAGGACGGCCCCGAUCCAAAUGACGGCAGAUCCGGGUAUUCCCAGCUGCCACCCGAAUCGCCGGAACAUAGUCAGUCCUCAGAUAAUACGCAACAAUCCGAUCAGAGCGCUCCGGCAGCCACCGACCCGCAUCACUCUGGCUCCGACACCGAUGACGACUCACUGGGCGGGAUUUUUGUUUCCACACAGCGCACGCAAAUACCGCCGGUGGGCCCCUCGCCACCCAUCAGUGCGCCCAGUGACGGUAGUGGCGGCGACAAGCCCAACCGCCCAAUUCUACGCCUGGCAAUGCUGAACGCUCAAGAAAAGGCAAAUGUGCGAAACCAGCUUGGCCACGAUUCGUUCACUGCGCCGGUACACAGCGAGCCGAUCGAGCUGCCGUCGACAGGAUACUUUGCGCCACGGGGAACGCUGCAGCGGUCGUCAACGUCGGUGCCCGAGAAGGCCAACGAGGCCGACCAGGCGAAGCAGAAGAAGAAGCGGCGGCCGCAUGCAGCGCUACGGUUUGCGUCGGAGGACUCGGUGCACACUAUUGGCUCGGGGAGCGACCAGCAGUUCAGCCAUCUGCAUAAUCCGAUUGAUGCACCGCGGCCACAAAGCAGCGGCUCGGCCCAGGCAGACAAUGCGGAGCCGGUGGGUCUCCGCCGUCGCUUGUCCCGCGCCGGUACCAACAUGCGGCAGUGGGGGCGGGCCCUGAACGCAGUGACUGGCGGCAACAGGAACCCUGUACGCGUCCGACUCCGAAUCCGACACAGACACAGACAGUGACGACCUUCCGAGGAGCAACGAGCUGCAUAUGGAGCAGCUGCUAGAUAAAAAGACCAUUAACGAGGCAGACAACCCUCUGAGGACGAAUACUGCG